GUGAAUCUGGGAGUGCCGGAUAAGGUCAUCGGCACUAUACUCCACCUUUCUCUGAUUUUAACAACAACAAAAAUGAUAUAAAAAUUUGUCACAAGGGCAGCAGUUUUGGGGGAGAGGAUGAGUCGAUUACAUCGCCCCCUCGUAUUCAACUGGUACUUAUUUUAUCGACUCCAAAAAGAUGAAAGAUAAAGUCGACCUCGGUGGAAAUGAUAAUAAUAAUAAUGAUGAUGAUAAACAAGUUGUGACUUAUGGUUAAAUUUAGGAGGGGAAACUGUCAUAAAUAAUCUGAGAUAAUCGAUAAUUUACAGAAGGGACAGAAUGAUAAGCUCUUGAAAUUACACAUACUGCUGCCCAUGUGUUGAACACGCAAAAAUACAUCGCAGCUGAUAGGCAAAGAGCCGAUUUUACCGAUAACACUGUUCUCUCUCAAAAACAAGGUGCACCUACAGAGACAAACACAUACAUCGAAACAAAGUUAUCAGAUCCUACGACUCGUACUCACAUUCGAAGAACAGUAAUCACACACAAGUAAUCACACAGCUUGAUAUGAAUGGUGCGUCAUCAUACGCAUCCACACACACACACAAAGCGAUAUCAAUUUAUACAUACAUUUAAUACGCAUAUAAAUCAUAUAUAAAGAAGAUAUACUAAAAGCACUAUUAUUACAUAUUCACGCAAGCUUGACGACAACGGAAAUUUAGAAAAUUUGACUAUCAGGAAAGUAAUUUGAUGAAACUCACUUCCACGUGACUGUGAUAAACACACUGACACACACACACACAUACACGCACAUACACAUAUUCAGUAUAUAUUUGAAAUAUUCCUCGGAACUGUUCAGAACUUCUGAAGUAUUUCGAUCAGUGUGUAACUAAGCACGAAACAAAGAGAAGCCGCGUUCGACUUAUUUUUCCAUCACUUGUCCUAUCAAAGAAGAAGAGACAACGGAAUCGAGAAAGAUGCUGCUUCGAUUAUCGAUCUCUUUUUGCCUAUUAUUGGUCGGCGGUUGCAUGUCACUGCCGUUUUUUUCGCCAUCUCAGCCCGACUUUGGACAUCUCAACCUGACAGUCCAAACAAUCAUAAAGUAUUAUGAAGGUUUGGCUCAUCUCUUUAACAAUAGCCGCACGCUGGAAUUGUUUGGCGAUAUGUUACCUCUCGACUCUGAAGUGUACAUGAAUGCGAGCCAGCUCAUUACAAGCAAAGGUUACCCCUGUGAAGUUCACACAGUUCUCACUGAAGAUGGCUUCUAUUUGGAAAUGCAAAGAAUUCCUCAUGGAAUCAAAGACAACGACAUGAAAAAAGUCAGGCCAGUCGUAUUUUUGCAACAUGGAGUUCUGGGAUCUUCAACCAAUUUCUUAACAAAUCUCGCAAAUGAAUCUCUAGCCUACCUUUUAGCUGAUGCUGGUUAUGACGUCUGGCUUGGCAAUUCCCGUGGAACUACGUAUGGGCUCCACCAUACUUUGUAUCCAACUUCCAGUGACAUGUUUUGGAGAUGGAGUUUUGACCAUAUGGCUGCAUUUGACUUACCAGCAUCCUUGGACUAUGUUACCAAGGUAACAGGUCAGGAGAAGAUGUAUUAUGUGGCACAUUCACAAGGAUCACUUAUAGGCUUUUUAGCCUUCUCCGAAAACCAAACUUUGGCCAACAAGAUAAAAUUAAUGGUAGCACUUGGCCCCGUGUAUACAGUCGGGCAUAUUACCAGCAGUGUCCGAUUUGCUACAGUAAUUGAUGAUAAGAUAUUAUUCGAUAUAUUUGGGAGGAAGUCUUUCUUACCUGAGAACAUAAUCAUCACAACCCUUGCCAAAACAGUUUGCAGAUGCCGAAGGCUCAACUUUUUGUGCCAAGACGCCAUCAGGAUUGUUGCAAAGUUUGAUGAUCGGAACAUGAAUUCAUCUCGUAUACCAGUUUAUUUAACACAUUCACCUGCCGGUACCUCUACUCAAAAUAUGGCCCAUUUUGCUCAGGUAAGGUUACAACGAAAUUUUCGUCCAGUGCCAGAAAAUACAUCUUUAUCAUCAGAAUUCUCCUUCUACGGCACCAAAGCUGACAACCUCUUGCACUAUGGACACCCGACACCUCCGGCCUACAACGUCAGUAAACUGCAGAUUCCUGUGGCUCUAUAUUCUGGUGGACGUGAUAGUCUUGCUGAUCCUAAGGAUGUCAGCCUUUUGGCAAAGCUGCUGAAGACCAACGUGACGCACGUGGUCAUCCCACAGUGGGCACAUCUGGAGUUCGUCUGGGCAACAGAUGGAUGGGAUACCAUGUAUAAACAAAUGAUCGAACUGCUGAGAAAAUAUUGAUGGUAAUCCAUACUUCAAUACUUCAGAAAUUCCAAGAUAUAUUCGCAAUGUCUCCAGGAAUCAUACGCUACCAAUUUUGCUGACGAAUUAAACUAUAAUCUUAGAUCUGUGACAACAAUUGUGAAUGUGUGUGUGUGUGUGUGUGCAUGUGUAUUUGUAUUUGCGUGUAUGGUAGCUGUUGAUAAAUACAUGUGUGCACGUGU